UGUGGUACCAUAAGUUCCUUCCUCGUCUCUUCAAUAGAGUAGUGCAGAUGUGUUCUAUCAGCCCACACAGGGGAUGGCCUUCCACACAGCAUCACUUCCAACAGUAUCUCUGCACAUGUGGGUUGUGAGACAGCAGAGCUCCAGUGGAGAGAGUGUGUUAGCCUGAGUGAGCCCUGAGCCUACUGCAGGAGUUCUACACACAUCCAAGUCUUGCCUUAUCCAGCCCAAUCCAGCCAUUUUCUGACACGCCAAGCCCAGCCGAAACCAGCACAGCCCGAUCAAGCUCUUCACAACCCAGCCAUGGAUUCCAUGUCCUCCCUGAGCUCCUCAACCUCCUGCCCCUACCUGUACCUCUGGAGUAGCAACAUCACCAACAACAGCAGUAGAAGCAGUAUUAGCAACAAUGUGAUCCUGGAGCACUACAACCACACAGGGCGCCUGCAGCACCGCGGGCCCCGCCAAGGUGGCCUGAGCUUGGGUGCGACCCUCUCCCUCUUCAUCAGCAUCCUCAUCAUCCUGGAGAACCUGCUGGUCCUGGUGGCCGUGCUCUCCAGGAUCCGCAACAGCCACCGCUGGGUCUACGUGUGCAUCGCCAACAUCACCCUCAGUGACUUGCUGGCUGGGGCGGCCUACGUGGUCAACAUCUGCAUGUCUGGCAGCCAUACGUUCAGACUGAGCCCAGCUCUGUGGCUGUUCAGGGAAGGGGUGAUGUUUGUGACCUUGGCUGCCUCGAUCUUCAGCCUGCUGCUGAUAGCAGUGGAGCGCUACACCGCUAUGAUGAAGCCGCUGCACCAGAAGUCAGCCAGGAAGACAUGUCGUAUCUACGGCCUGGUGGCGCUGUGCUGGAUCCUGGCCUUUGCCAUCGGCUUCCUCCCCCUGCUGGGAUGGAACUGCGUGUGCAGCCUGGAGAGCUGCUCCACCCUGCUGCCGCUCUACUCCAAGAGCUACAUCUUCUUCUCUCUGCUCAUCUUCUCCCUCAUCCUGCUGGCCAUCGGUGUGCUCUACGGCGCCAUCUACUGCCACGUGCGCAGCAGCGCCAAGGUGGGAUCCCAGCGCAGCCGCAAGCGAUCCCUGGGGCUCCUGAAGACGGUAAUCUCCAUUGUGGGUGUGUUCAUCAUGUGCUGGGGCCCUCUGUUCGCCCUGCUGCUGCUGGACUUUUUCUGUGUGUCGCGGCAGUGUGCUCCCCUCUUCAGUGCCGACUGGGUCAUUGCUCUGGCCGUGCUCAACUCUGCUCUGAACCCUGUCAUCUACGCCCUGGGUAGCACAGAGCUGAGGAAGGCCAUUGCAGGGCUGCUGUGCUGCUGCUGCCUCAGGGCAGGCCUCUGUCACCCUGAUGCCUUCGUAUCCAAGGAGACCAGCAGCACGGGGAGCACCAGGCAUAGUAGCCUGAGGAACAGUUUCAAUAAGGUCAGGAGUUUCAGUAUCAGCCCCCCGCCUGCACCCAAGGCCCCCAAGAAGAGCCGUCUCAGCUCCACCACCAGCUGCCUGUCUGUGUCGAGCGGUUAGACCACAAAGGGCUGCCUGGGGCAGACGUAGAUGCGAAAGAGAGCUCUCUUUGUGUGUGUGUGUGUGUGUGUGUGUGUGUGUGUGUGCGGGUCUGUGGGUGUGGGUCUGUGUGUUGGAAUUUAGAGAAAGCCCGCUAGCACAAGGCUAGCAUUUUUCAAAACAGGGUAGUAGAAAAUGUAUCUCAUUGGCACAACCAUGAUACAACUAUGAAGAUACGGCCUUGUUACAGCCUAGAUACAAGCAUGAUGCAGCCAUGAAGAAACUAUGAAGAUACAGCCUUGAUACAACCAUGAUACAGCCUUGAUACAGCCUAGAUACAGCAUUGAUACAACUAUGAAGAUACAGCCUUGAUACAACCAAGAUACAGCCUUGAUACAGCCUAGAUACAGCCUUGAUACAACUAUGAAGAUACAGCCUUGAUACAACCAAGAUACAGCCUUGAUACAGCUUUGAUACAACUAUGAAGAUACAGCCUUGAUACAGCCUAGAUACAGCCUUGAUACAACUAUGAAGAUACAGCCUUGAUACAGCCUAGAUACAGCCUUGAUACAACUAUGAAGAUACAGCCUUGAUACAGCCUAGAUACAGCCUUGAUACAACUAUGAAGAUACAGCCUUGAUACAGCCAUAAUACAACCAUGAUACAGCUUUGAUACAAGGCUAACGGUUUUCUCUGUAAUUAGUUUUGUUCAUUUUUUUGCCUUGUCAUCAGAUCAGGACGUGGCACAUACUGAUAAAGUUUAUUUUAUGUUAUACAUUACAAAAAAAACUUUAAAGAGUUGUUCAAGAUUUCUUAUAAAAGAAGCAUUAUAGAAGCUUUAUUUUGUUUCACUGUUUGAGCCUCAUACACUACAUGACCAAAAGUAUGUGGACACCUACUAGCAAUGCCGACGCUUGGAAAUGUGCGUGGUGAUCUUAGGCUUUUGUACAGCUGCUCGGCCAUUGAAACCCAUUUCAUGAAGCUCCCGAUAAACAGUUAUUGUGCUCAAAUUGCUUUCAGAGGCAGUUUGGAACUCGUAGUGAGGUAUUGCAACCAAGGACAGACGAUUUUUAAACGCUACGCGCUUCAACACUCGGCGGUCCUAUUCUGUGGACUUGUGUGGCCUACCACUUAGCUGCUGAGCCGUUGUUGCUCUUAGAUAUUUCCACUUCACAAUAACAGCACUUAUAGUUGACCGGGGCAGCUCUAGCAGGGUAGAAAUUUGGUGAACUGACUUGUUGGAAAGGUGGCAUCCUAUGACGGUGCAACGUUGAAAGUCACUGAGCUCUUCAGUAAGGCCAUGCUACUGUCAAUGAUUGUCUAGGGUGAUUGCAUGGCUGUGUGCUUGAUUUUAUACACCUGUCAGGAAUGGGUGUGGCUGAAAUAGCCAAAUCCACUAAUUUGAAGGCGUGUCCACAUACUUUUGUAUAUAUAGUGUAUGUAUUGUACAAAACUAUAGAGUUUUAUUCAUUUUUUUGAUGGUCACAGUACAUCUUAUGUAUAAAUAAAUGUUUUUAAAUCAUAUAAUA